AUGAAUUGCACUUUGGGACACUUUUCAAAUAAAGAAGUUCGACCCGACCCGACCCGACAAGACAAAAUCUGCAACGUCCCAUUUCUCGGAUUCCUGGGCAUCAUCGGCCACGGCGGUGUGUGUCAGUGCCUAGGAGUUUACUUUCGCUUAGAGAGAGAAGCUCCAGGGAUGGAGAAAAAGAGCAGGAUACUGAUAAUAGGAGCAACGGGAAGACUAGGGUUUGAGCUCGCCAUAGCCAGUAUCAAAGCUUCACAUCCCACUUUUGCCCUCGUCCGGGAACUCACCUCCGAAGACCCCCUCAAAUCCCGGAAGCUCCGGGCACUCUCUGAUUCUGGCGCCGUGCUUCUACUGGGCUCGCUGCAAAAUGAAGAGAGACUCGUUGAAGCCCUCAGGCAAGUCGAUGUGGUAAUUUGUGCGGUCUCGUCCAGGCAAACCCUCGACCAGAAGCUUCUCAUUCCAGCGAUCAAACAAGCAGGAUGCAUCAAGAGGCUAAUUCCUUCAGAAUUUGGAAUUGACCCGAUAAAACUCGAGUAUCUGGCAUGGACCACGACUUCUAUGCAAGAAAAGUUGAAAUUCGACGAAUUCUACUUGCUUCCUUCAAUAGUUCAGCCUGGCCUCAAGGCUCCUCCUAGGGACAAAGUUGUAAUAUUUGGAGAAGGAAAUGUACAAGGUGUUUUCAUGAAUGAAAGUGAUGUAGCUGCAUUUACAAUUAGUACAGUGGACGAUCCGCGCACACUGAAUAAGGCGGCCUGA